AUGGCUGAAGCAAAGAAAGAAGUGAAGGAGUCGAAGCACGAGACGAAGGCCAUCCCGCUGUUCGACGGCAACGACUUUGAGAUGUGGCAAGAGCGAGUCAAACUGAAGUUGAUGCGCAAACAACUUUGGAAAUACUGCGUCGAAUAUGUCAAAGAACCAUCAGAGAAGAAUAAGGAAUCGGAGCACAACGACUGGGUGAUCAAGACGGCUCGAACCAAGGAGAUCCUGUACGAGUCCAUGACGAACCAGAUAAUGAAGACAGUGAAGUAUGAGCAGACUCCGUAUCGAGUGAUGGAGCGCCUGAAACGGCGCUUUAUGGGGAAGACCUACUUGAAGUUUGCUGAGGAGAAAGUGAAGUUGAGUCGUCUUCGACUUGAGCCGAAGGGAAAUCUGCCCGAUCAUCUGAGUGAGAUGCGACGAAUCAUGGAGACUAUUUCGCGCCUACGUCAUUAUGCCUUUGAUGAAAUUGGAGAAAAAGGUACUGGAUCUCGCACGUGA